AGGGAAAUUUAAUUUAUCUAGAUCACUAGUAUCCCAUGAUGUGUCAAAAAUGAAAUUUAUUCAAAUUAUACAUGUGUGAAAAGGUAUUAUGAUCGAAAAUGCCGAAAAAGAAAACAGGUCAGCGUAAAAAAGCUGAAAAACAAAAAUUACGUCAAAAAGAAAUUAGAGAGGGUAAAGAAAAUGUGGAACUAGCUAAAUACCCUUGCAAUGCCCCAAUGGAAUGUGAUAAAUGUCACAGGAAGCAAAAAAAUCGAGCUUUCUGUUACUUUUGUCAAAGUAUUCAACGACUUCCUCAAUGUGCUCAGUGUGGUAAAAUAAAAUGUAUGUUAAAAACUGGAGAUUGUGUUAUUCGACAUCCUGGAGUUUUCACACAUGGGAUGAACAUGGUGGGCGCAAUUUGUGAUUUUUGUGAAGCAUGGGUUUGCCAUGGUAGAAAAUGUUUACAAUCGCAUGCAUGCACCUGUCCACUUCAAGAUGCUGUAUGUGCGGAAUGCGAACGAAGUGUCUGGGAUCAUGGUGGUCGUAUUUUCCGUUGCUCAUUUUGCGAUAGUCAUUUAUGUGAAGAUGAUCAAUUUGAACAUCAAGCGUCGUGCCAAGUUUUAGAAUCAGAAAAUUUCAAAUGUCAAUCAUGUAAUAAAUUGGGUCAAUACUCAUGUCUGCGUUGUAAAACUUGUUACUGUGAAGAUCAUGUACGCAGAAAAGGUUUUAAGUAUGAGAAGAAUAAAGUAAUUCCAUGCCCAAAAUGUGGAUAUGAAACAUCUCAAACGAAAGAUUUGAGCAUGUCUACUCGUAGCCAUAAAUUUGGACGUCAAGGACAAGCCAAUUUCGAUGAUGAUGAUGAUGAAGCUUCUGGAGGGUAUGGAUAUUAUGGUGGAACUGAUGACGCCAGUGGAGGUGAUUAUGGUGGAUCUAAUUAUUAUGAAGAUCAAGAAGAUGAUGAUGAUGAUGAAGAUGAUACAGAUGAUGAAGAGGAAGAGAGUGAAUCAGAGGAAUCUGAUGAAACCGAAAAGAAAAAUUCUAAAUAAACUUGUUGUUAAUUCAUUUUUUAUCAUCGCAAUUUGUUGUAUCGAUUUUUUAUAAUAAUGAAUACCAUCGAUGUUACCGAAUUUUAUGGCAUGCAUAUCUAAAUAUAAUUGAUCAAAUUUUGGAAAA